GUCAGCAACGUAUCAGUCACGGGGAAGUCAAGCAUUCGGUGAUCUUCGAUCAACGACCAUCUCUUGAUCUCUCUGAUCCCCGGAUUUCGCAAUCCAACAUGGUCGCCUAUGAUCUAUGACGGGAAUGACAUGCAAUGCGACUAGUCCCGAAACCCUCUUUCUUCAAUUCAAAAACCAUCCAUCUCCCUACCAAUGGCUGUCCGCCCCGCGCAUCUCUUCUCCCUUUGACAUUGUGACAACCACGUCACGCGAAUACUGCUCCGCGCGCAUCCUCACAGCGAUAUGCCUCCCAAAAAGCGCAGUGCGGCAUCCGCCGGGUCGGCUCCCAAACGAGCUCGCCAGUCCAAACUCGCCAAAGAAAACGACCUGACCGGCGAAGAAGAGAACGAGAUUAAAGAAGUCUUCCACAUUUUCUCGACCACGAAUGAAGAAUUCCCGAAUGAGAAGGAAGGCGUGAUACCUUGCGAAGACGUUCGCAAAGCCUUGGUAGCCCUCGGCCUCUCCCCCUCCACCUCCUCCGAACUAAACUCCAUCCUCUCCGCCCUCGACCCCACAGACACCGGCUUCGUCCCCUACGAACCCUUCCUCUCCGUCGCAGCCGCGAAACUCCGAUCCCGCGGCGAAGACGCCAUGGUCGCCGAAGUCGACGCCGCAUUCCAGCUCUUCACGAAGGGCACGGACGGCCCGAUCACGAUGUCCCAUUUGCGACGCAUCGCGCGCGAGCUGAAAGAGGAGGGCCUCGGCGAUGAUCUGUUCCGGGAUAUGAUUCUAGAGGCGAAUGGCGGGGCAGGCGUGCAGGCGGGGGUGACGUUGGAGCAGUUCCAUGAUGUUAUGACGAGGGCGGGCGUUUUUUGAUAGUUCGGUUGGUUUUGUUUCAUAUGGUAUAGGUGGAUGGCGUGUCGGUUUGCUGGGUUAUGAUUCUUUAGCGGGUGUUUUAUGGAAAUUAGUGCUCUUCUGUUUAUACUCUGUUUCAAUAUCCAGCUCGUGGGAGCUGUACUUGUACUCUGUGUUAUCCUAAUGUGAAUUACCCUG